AUGCACCAACCGCCACCCAACUCGGCCACAGCCCCCAACGCGCCGCCGCAAAUCAGCGUGAAUGGGACCCAACUGCAAGUGGUGGAGAACUUCCCAUACCUGGGCAGUACUCUCUCCCGCAACACCAAGAUCGACGACGAAGUCGCCAACAGGAUCUCGAAAGCCAGUCAAGCCUUCGGUCGCCUCCAAAGCACAGUUUGGAAUCGUCAUGCUCUCCAACUGAGCACGAAGCUGAAGAUGUACAAGGCCGUCAUCCUGCCGACACUACUGUAUGGAGCGGAGACCUUGAUGGUGUACGCAAAGCAGGCACGUCGUCUGAACCACUUCCACCUCAGUUGUCUUCGUCGCAUCCGGAUGCUAAAGUGGCAGGAUCGAAUCCUCGACACUGAUGUGCUGGAACGGACGGGAAUCCUCAGCAUCUACGCCAUACUGAGGCAAAUUCAGCUGCGCUGGAGCGGCCACCUGGUGCGCAUGGACGACGAGCGACUACCCAAACGACUCUUCUACGGAGACGUCGCGACGGGUUCUUGCCGUCUAGGAGGCCUGAUUCGCCGUAACAAGGAUACCCUGAAGUCCUCCCUGAAAUGCCUGCAAAUCAACCCCACCAACUGGAAGGAGCUCGCACUCGAUCGACCGACCUGGAGGAGGACAGUGAAGACAGGCGCUGCGAUCUACGAAGCCAACCACACCGCUGCUGCCAAAGCGAAACGUGAAGUCCGCAAAUCACAACUUCCCCCAGUAAGCAACGCCGCCGCACAACCGCUUCCAACGUGUCCUCGAUGUCAACGGACAUUCCGGGCUCGAAUCGGACUUGUUGGACAUCUUCGGAUUAACUGCGCCUCUCGAACGGCACCAACCAUCGUCCCCCCGCCUGCUUCUUCCUCCUCCUCUCCGCCGCCAACUAACCCUGACAAUUCUUCUGACCCACCACUUCCAUCAUCCUCCUCCUCCUCCUCUUCGCCCACUGCUCCAACGGCGGCCGCUCAGGCGACUGUCUCACGCACAGCAACCGACACUACCACCACCUCCCCCGACUCCAGGGAUAAGGAUCAGGACUGCACCUGCCCUCACUGCGACCGUACCUUCACCUCACACAUCGGUCUGGUCGGUCACUUGCGAAUCCAUCGCACAGAGCCUGGCGAACCAGUGCCUGGAGCACCCACCUAUACCCACCAAGCUCGUCUCAACUGCCCACACUGUCCUCGCACUUUCAGGCAUCGCAUGGGCCUAUUCGGCCACAUGCGCAUCCACGACGACCUGCGGUAG